AGUAGAGACCCUAUCCUUUUUAAAGAAAAAUUAUCACAAAAGGGGGGAAAUGGCAGUGGUCCGGAAGCCAUGGAUCGGAGCUUCAUGAUCCGCAUUUUAUGCUCUCCAUGAUUUCUACUUCACUCCAACGACACGCGACACUUUCUUCACGACUUCCACCUUCAUCCAUUUAUCUCUCUCUAUAAAUAAGUCAAAAAUCUUGUAAGUAAAUGCCUGUGUUUUGUUCUUCGAAUCACUACCAGGCAGGUUAAUAUAUCUUCGCCCUUGUUUAGAGUAAUAUUGGAUUUAGAUGAGAAGAGUUGCAAUGUGCUUCUCACUGUCACAGUUUCCUCGAUGUAGAGUUCAUACAUUGACUAAUUCAUGGUGGCAAAGUUUCCAUCAUAUAAGUAGGAUUGGUAGGGGAAGCAUUAGCUCCAAGGUUCUUGCCACUGGUAAACAGGGUCUGGAAGGUAGAUUUAAUAGUACUGAGAACAGACGGACUCUAACUACAAAAAGUGAAGGGAAUGGUAAGGCUGCCUUAAGUAAAAAAACAACUAUCAGACACGAAAUAUUGGACAAAACAAAAAAAUCUGAAGUAGACAUAUAUAGUUCAGAAAUAACUGAAAUAGGAAGUACACAAUAUGUUGAUAUUCGACAAGCAAUUGCUGAAAACAAAGACUUGGCCAAACUCAUGACUUUUAUCAUUUUUGAUAUUGAGACCACUGGGCUUAGCAGAGAUCAUGAAAGAAUUAUUGAGAUUGCAUUGCGGGAUCUUCAUGGGGGUGAAAACAGCACAUUCCAGACAUUAGUCAAUCCUGGAUGUAUUGUCCCAAAUUCAUUUGUCCAUAAAAUUACCACCGGUAUGGUCAACAGGCCUGAUGUCCCCAGGAUGGGGGACCUCAUUCCGAUCUUGUUGAGGUAUGUAGGAAGUCGCCAGAAACCUGGUGGAUAUGUGGUGUUGGUUGCGCAUAAUGCUCGCUGUUUUGAUGUUCCUUUUCUAAUUAAGGAAUUCAGUAGAUGCUCUUUUGAUAUUCCCUCAAAUUGGCUGUUCGUUGAUACUCUUCCUUUGGCGCGUAAAGUCAUGAAGUCCGGAGGGUCAAAGCCAAAACUCAAAUUGCAAGACCUUGGUGAACACUAUGAGAUCCCUUUAGUUGGUUCUGCUCAUAGAGCCAUGGCGGAUGUGCACAUGUUAACAGCAGUUUUUCAACGGCUGACUUUCGACUUGAAGUUGACAAUCCCUUCUCUUAUCGAAGGGCAUUCCUUUUGGCCAUCGGAAGUAGGAAGGUCAAAGAAGAAGAAGAAUUCUGGCUAAACAUAGACUUUGUAAGCAUACUUAGAUUGUUGAAAUAGUCAGGUGUAACAUUCUUUUUAGAGAAGUUAUUACUGUAAGCAAGUUGUAGAAUUAGCUAAUUCUUCCAUUAAAAUGGCUGGUCAUAACAUAUGAUAUUUGCCAGUCUUGUAUUUUAACUUCUCUUUCCUUACUUAGGAAUUUGAAAAUUCCUGUUUAAUAUUGAAGCUGUCUUUCAAAUGACCAAUUGA